UUCACUCUCCACAGUAUGUUCAGUCUUAAGAGCAUCUGUCACUCCAGGCAUUGUAAGAUGGAUGGGUCUCAAGUGAACCUCUGCUGCAAGCAAAUGGUGAAAUGAGAAAGGACUUGGUGAUUGUUGGUAUGGCGGGGGAACAGACAACAAGGCAAUACUGUUAGAAACCAAGAGUAAGCCAUGCAGCUGAGGAGAGAACAAAGAUGGAUGGCAUAUCAUAUUCUAUAAACCCUGAAAAGCAAGAUUAUCAUGUGUCCUGUGAUCUAGGGUGGUCCUUUCACAGUACUCUUGGCCUUCUGCUCCGUCUUUUGCAUGGAAUACGAUUUCACCAAGCAGAGAGGUCGAUGGAGUUUUUAAUGGGUUUGGUAGCAAAUCGAUGACAAUACACCCAAUAUCUCCAUCAUGUGUUUUGUCCUGACCAACUAAAUAAAAGGGCCAUGGGGAAUUCUUAUGCUGGGCAGCUGAAAUCUGCCCGUUUUGAGGAAGCUCUUCACAAUUCAAUAGAAGCCUCUCUUCGAUGCAGCAGUGUUGUGCCACGGCCAGUCUUCUCACAGCUCUACCUGAAUGCUGACAGCUCAACAUUCUCUCCAGAAGGUGUUGAUGUAAAGCCUAAGGUAGAGGAGUUGGACAAGGAUUUAGUGCACCGCUACACUCAGAAUGGCAGCUUGGAUUUUUCUACUAGCCAGACCGUUUCUGAACUAGAGGAAGAUGAGGAAGACGAUGAGAUAUCAGAUUCAAACAGUCCUCCUCUACCAUAUGCCCAAAAACCAGCACCAGAAGGAUCUUGCACUAUAGAUGGUUUCUGCCAGGCAGGAAAAGACUUGCGGUUAGUGACACUUUGCACAGAACAGUUGGACGUUCCAGCAGGAUUCCUUUUGGUUGGAGCAAAGACUCCCAACCUUCCAGACCACAUUCUUGUCUGUGCUGUUGACAAAAGAUUUUUGCCAGAUGACGAUGGAAAAAACGCACUUUUAGGAUUCUCUGGGAAUUGUGUUGGCUGUGGAGAGAGAGGUUUCCGAUACUUCACAGAGUUCUCCAACCACAUAAAUUUAAAGCUCACAACCCAGCCAAAAAAGCAAAAGCACUUAAAGUAUUAUCUUAUACACAAUUCACAAGGAGUCUUGUCCAAAGGUCCCCUCAUCUGCUGGAAAGAGACUCGAAGUCGCCAAUAUCCAACUGUUAUUCCACCAGCCAAACCACUUACACCGGUCUCCGCAACCUCAGUUUUGGAAAAUGGAAAUUGCAAUGGAUACAAACCAAGCUUUUCGCAUUCAGAUCUACCAUCCUUCACCUCUGCCAAAUUGCCCCCUGCAGUUCACUCAAGUACCCCUCAGGAUCUUUCGCGAAACAAGGGAAUUGUGAAACCACUCGCCCUGCCUGUGCAUGUUGUAGGAAAGACAUUUCUUGCAGCUCCUUCUUCCAUUCAAGCUCCCGAGAUCUCCAAUGGAAUUCUGGGUGGAGGCAGAGCAACUGUAUUAAAUUCCGCACCUUCUCAGCCAGCCCCUCAUUCAACCUCUCCAAGUCCUGGUUGUGUUGCUGGAGAUCAUGCAAUGAUUUCAUUUUCUGGCCCACCAAAGAAAAGACACAGAGGAUGGCCUCCAGGAUCUCCAGUGCUAGCACCAGUGUUAACAACAGCCACACCAACUGCUCGGCCAGCCACACAAACUGCCACUUUGCCACAACCCGUUUUGGGAGGAGUUUUUCAGCCUCAGCCUAUUCCAGCUGGCGAAACUGUCAUUGUUCCAGAAAAUCUAUUGAAUAGUUCUGGCAUCCGACCUGUCAUCUUAAUAGGUUAUGGGGCUUUACCAUACUUCUAUGGAAAUGUAGGGGACCUUGUUGUUAGCCCAUUACUAGUGAGCUGCUACAAGUUGCGAGAAAUUGAAAAGAAGGAGCUGGACUUGAUGGGAAUGUCUACUUGGCAGUUCCUGAGUGUGGAGAACAUGAUUCUGCUAACGAUACAGUACCUUGUGCGACUAGGUCCAGAUCAAAUACCAAUCCGUGAAGUCUUUGAGCAGAUCAUGCUGAAAGCUCUGCAAGAUUUAAAUGAUAAAGACCGCUCCUUGCAAACACCCUCUGCAGCCUUUCAGGUGUCACAGGCUCAGUUACCAUGGCUUGCCCGGCUGUCGGCUAGUGUUUCUCAAGACUUGGUCCAUGUGCUCAUUACCCAGAAUUCCCUGGCAGAAGGCAUUUCCGAGACCCUUAGAUCUCUUAGUGAAAUAAAGCAACAGCAAAAACUCCCAGACUAUGUAGUAGCAAUUUGUUCUUCGAAGGUGCGCGGCAACGAAUUCUGUGUGAUAGCACUCGGCAAGUACCAGUCCCGAGUUCUUGCGGAGAGCAUGCUGACCACUAGUGAGUUUUUGAAGGAAAUCAGCUACGAACUUAUCACUGGCAAAGUCAGCUUCUUGGCUUCUCAUUUCAAGAGCACCUCUCUGGGUGAUGAUUUAGACAAGUUACUGGAGAAGAUACAACACAAAAGAGCAGACCAUGUAGUGGUUCCUUUUAACGGGGAUGUGAAAGAAUGUGUCUCAUCUCAGGAAGCGGCGAGCAUGACCCCCACCCAAGGGAGAGGUUGUGAUUCUGAAGCCUUCCACAUAUAUCAGUCUCAGCUAUUGUUAGCGCGAAAGCUUUUGUCCCAAGUGUGUGCAAUAGCAGACAGCGGAAGCCAGAGCCUUGACUUGGGAAGAUUCAGCAAAGUUGACUUUAUGAUUGUGGUCCCUCGUUCAGAAGUCUUGGUACAACAGACCAUCUGGAGGAUUAAACUGUCAGGGGUUCUAUCAGACCUGGGCCUAGAAGAAACAACAUCAGUGCAUCAGAAAGCAGAUAAAUAUGUGCUCAGGCUUGAUGGGGAUGUUCAUGCCAAAUUUGAUGCCUUCAUGAAGAGGGUGAAACAAAACCCAUACACUCUGUUUGUCCUUAUACAUGACAAUUGUCAUGUGGAUUUAACAAGUUGUACUUCUGGAACCCUUUCCCAUGGAGAGCCCACUGUUGGCUUGUCUGAUCGCAUCAUCAAUAGUCGAGAAGUGCAAGAAUCCCAGAAUCUCAUUGUGCUCCAAGUCAGCUCUUUCCCGUAUGCCUUACAAACCCAACAGUCGAAAAUCAGCCCUUGUAAUGAGGUUCAUUGGAUUCAAUCUGAUCCUGCUGAGGAAGUAGCCAGUGAACAAAAGCUUUACUUUGGCAUAAAUGAGUACAGCAAAUCUCUACAGUGGGGGAUUACCAGUCCUCUUCUGCGAUGUGAUGAGACAUUUGAAAAGAUGGUCAACACCCUCUUGGAAAGGUACCCAAGGCUUCACAGCAUGGUGAUACGAUGCUACCUCCUUAUUCAGCAGUAUUCUGAAGCACUGAUGGGCCUUACAACCAUGGCAUCACUGAGAGACCAUAUCACACCAGAAACACUAAAUAUCAUGGACGACCUCCUCAGCUCUCCAGCAAAGGACAAGAGUGGGAGAGGACACAUGCUCAUAAUCCGAGUUCCUUCAGUGCAACUGGCCAUGCUGGCAAAGGAAAGGCUUCAGGAAGUGAGAGACAAGCUUGGCUUGCAGUAUCGCUUUGAAGUCAUCCUUGGUAAUCCUGCUUCAGAGCUCAUUGUUUCCAAGCACUUUGUGACCCGAUUAAAGUUUUGGAGAGGAUAUGAUCAUGAAGACUGGAUUCCAAGAACCUUUUUGGACCUUGAAGGACUCCCUUGCAUUGUAAUUCUUGCUGGCAAAGAUCCUUUUGGAGAAACAUUCCCAAGAUCUUUGAAAUACUGUGACCUUAGGCUUAUUGAUUCAAGCUUUUUAACUCGGACAGCCUUAGAACAAGAAGUAGGUUUGGCUUGCUGCUACGUCUCUAGAGAGGUUGUAAGAGAACCCAUGACUGUCCUGGACCUCAGUGAAAAGGACGUAGACAAGGGCAAUACCAGCGGGAAUGACUCUGAUGAGCUCUAUAUCGAUCUGGAUCGACCCCAGAGUAACAGCAGUGCCGUGACUGGAACUUCAGGUUCCAUUGCUGAGAAUGGGGUCAGCUCAUCAAGUGCUGCAGAUGAAACUCAGAGGCAACCGCUGGCCUUCAACUUCCAGAAUGUGGCAAACAGCACAGUGGAUGAAGGAACAUAUCCAAAUUCCACUGCCAGUGAUCUUGGCAAACCAGAGUGUGACUCACUGGGAAGCCAAAUGGCUAGUAGCACUACUAAACUAUCCCCGCCAUCAUCACAGACGUUUAAAUGGGAUGACCAGUCAGGAAGAGAAACUUUGCAUCUAGCCCUGCCUCGUAUUGUCAUCCUCUCCAAGGCCACCUAUAACCUUCUUGACACACAAAAAAGUGGCCAGGCACCUACUACAAUUUCUCUUUUGCCUCAUGCAGAUGUUUCUUGGCUGAGAACUUUAAGGCCUUCAUUUUCUAACGAUUUGAGUUCUGAAGACCAGUCUUUGUACUACAGGCAAUGGACAACAGCAAAGCCGCACCAUGCGGAUUCUACUAACGCCAAUGAGCCUAAUGGAAUAAGGACUACCCAUCCGCGACGUCUGCUUUUAACUGGACCGCCACAGGUGGGAAAAACUGGUGCCUACUUACAGUUCCUCAGAAUCCUUUACCGCAUGCUUAUUCGACUUCUCGAGGUGGAUGUGUAUGACGAGCAGGAAAUAAAUGCAGUUGAGGAGAGUGAGAUAGAUGAAGUCUCACCACCUGACUUUAGCCAAUGGCCCGACAUUGAAGUCUUUAGCAAAAUUCAGUUUGACGUGAACGUGCAUGAUCCAAAGUAUCGACACAUCAGCCCACUGUAUACUGAGCGCAACUCACAUGGGAAACCAGAUUCCCAAGUGGAAGUCAAGACUGAGGAACCAAGCAAACGGGAGACGGUUUCCAUGAUGUUGACCAAAUAUGCAGCUUACAAUACAUUCCACCACUGUGAGCAGUGCCAUCAGUAUAUGGACGUCAGUUCUAUGUCACAGAUGCCAGAAUCCACUUUGCACGCCUUCACUUUCUCAUCAUCAAUGCUGGGAGAAGAGGUCCAGCUUCACUUUAUCAUCCCUAAAUCUAAAGAACACCAUUUUGUCUUCAGCAAACAAGGAAAUCACCUGGAGAGCAUGCGCCUUCCCUUGGUGACUGAUAAACAAAACCCAAACAUGGUGAAGAGCCCGAUUUUUACACCUUCUAGUGGCCGCCAUGAACAUGGACUGCUAAAUCUAUACCAUGCCAUGGAAGGAAUCGGCCAUCUGCACAUCAUGGUCGUCAAAGAAUAUGAAAUGCCGCUAUACCGGAAAUAUUGGUCCAACCACAUCAUGCUGGUGCUGCCUGGGAUGUUUAACAAUGCUGGAGCAGGUGCCUCAAGAUUCCUGAUUAAAGAAUUGUCCUACCAUAACUUGGAGCUGGAGCGUAACCGCCUGGAGGAGCUGGGAGUCAAGCGCCAGUGUGUGUGGCCCUUUAUUGCUAUAAUGGAUGACUCCUGUGUUCUGUGGAAUCUGCAUAGUAAGGUUCCUGAGCAGAUGAGCCCACCUUUGGAAACCGAGAGCUUGGUUAGGAAUGUGUCCCUGAAAUAUGUCAUGCAACACAUGGAGGGGACACCAAAGAUCACCAAUUAUGCCAUGCUGGGGGUACAGAAGUGGAACAGCAAGCUGAAUUCAACUUUGCCAAAGCGCCCAUUCUCUAGGUGCCACGUUCAUGAUUUUAUCCUUCUCAAUGUAGACCUGACGCAGAAUGUCCAGUAUGAUCUGAACAGGUAUUUUUGUGAGGACGUUGACUUUAAUUUGAGAGUAAACAGUGGGGGUCUCCUGAUGUGUCGGUUCAACAACUUCAGCCUCAUGAAGAAACACAUACAGGUUGGAGGGCACAAGGACUUCAUCAUCAAGCCAAAAAUAAUGAUAACAGAAAGCGUGGCUCCCAUCUCCCCAAUGCAGUAUGUGUGCGCCCCAGACAGUGAACAGACCCUUCUCGCUGCUCCUGCCCAGUUCCUACUGGAAAAGUUUCUCCAGCACAAUUCUCACCGACUUUUCCCAAAAGCUCUUAACAACUUAAGCAACCCCUUACUUGCUGUGGACUGUUAUCUGAAUUUAGGACCUGAGGUGACUCUGUGCUACGUGAGUUCCAGGCCGCACUCGGUGAAUGUCAGCUGCGAGGGAGUGGCAUUUAGUGGAUUGCUGCUCUACUUGUGCGACUCCUUUGUCUGUGCAGGGAUGCUGAAAAAAUACAAAUUCCUUAAAGGUGCAACACUUUGUGUAAUCUGCCAAGACAGAAGUUCCCUCCGUCAGACCAUUGUGCGCUUAGAGCUGGAGGAUGAAUGGCAGUUUCGCCUACGGGAUGAAUUUCAGACUGCCAACAGCAGUGACGACAAACCGCUGUAUUUCCUGACAGGACGCCACAUCUGAGUUUGGGAAUAGACCGCUGUGGAAGCGGUGAUAUGGAUUCUAGCCGUCACCACGGAACAGGUGCAAAUAAAUCUGCGUAGCGGUGUUCUAAUGCUACAAACUGUUUCAUUCCGCCCGCACAUAACUUGUGGAGCCAAAAUUCAGUUACUUAUCGGGAUCACUCUUGAACUGGGAAAGUGUGUCCCUUUGUUACCUCAGCUGGCUUGGAUGAGCCCCCCUCGUAAGGAAUUCUCACCAAAAAUGCCCUUGUAGGUUGCAGACACUCUGUUGCGUCGCUUCUCAGGGCUUCACAAUUACGCCUUUUGGAUAGCCAGGCAACAUUGGGGCCUCUUUCUUCACAGUGUUGGCAUUAGUCAUUUUCUGUGGGCAGUCACCUUCCUCUGCUCCAUGCAAUACUCACUAAUAUCAAUGGCAUCUCUUCUUCUCCAUGACUUUUUGUUACACCUACAUUUGCUCCAAAAAACUGGACCAGUGUUUCUCAUAUUCAUUUCACCAAUGGUUUUCCGUGUGGGCCACUUAUGGAGAAGAAUAAACUAUCCCCCAGCCACAUUGCCUUCCAGAAGAGCGAUUCUCCCACACAUGGGAGCAGAUAGAUAUUUAGGGAUCACCUUUCCCAAAACAGGUGGGAGAAUUGCCUUUUGUGUCAUUUUGUUUGUUCCCCAAAUGGAUAUAUUGUAGAGCUUUUCCAGCUAAUCAAAACAUGGGUGCUGAGGUUUCUUUCCAAUACAUUAUUCCUAAAUUGUCCCAGUUGCCAGAUGGCUUUGUCACCACCACUCACCAGCUUUUUCUUCACAACACAACGAGCUAAGGUAUGUACAUUAUUUUAUAGAAAGAACUACUACUGGUGGUAAUGGUACAACAUUUAAAUGUAGCAUAUCCCAAAAACAGGGCAUCAUUAUCAGAGCUUUUGACUGUGUAUCCUGGUUAAGUAUUUCAGCUUGGAAGCCCUCAGCUAUUGUUGUGAUACAACACCUAGCAUUUUGGGUGGGGUAAUAGUAGUUUUAGUUCAGAGUGGGCUGGGGAGCUGCAGGAGGAACAAAUGAGACCAAGAAAAUUCAAUGCUUUGCUUACAAUUUAUAAAUCUGUGAAUAACUUUUUGUGCAUCAUAUUAGGGGCUUUCUAAUGGAAAAACAAAAUCGCAUUUCCGUUUGCUAGUUUGUUGCCCAAUUGCCCUUGUGGGAGGAGUUGACCCAGAUUUAGAUUGUGAAUUAUAAGAGGAACCAAUAGAAAUGCACAGCCUGUCGUACUGAUAUGCAGGUCCCAACCUUUCCCCUUUUUCUCUCGGUUCCAGUUUGGUUCCUCCCGUGUAGAAGUAAUAAUGUUAACGUAUUAAAAGUGUUUACAGAUAUAAAACAAAAUAUUUAAUAUAUUAGAAAACAGACUCUUUGCCUACGUGUAAUAUACAGUGACUUGUGUAGCACAUUUUAAAUUAACUAUUUUAGAGCAAUUGUUUUCAUUUUCUUUUAAAUCUUUCUUCAAAUGAAAUAGCUUUGACUGGCUUAGACUGGGAUAAACUUGGGCCCCAUCUGGUAAUGGAAUUGAUCUUGUUCCAAUCCUAUCUGUCUGGUGGCAGUAGUACAUGUCCAUGAUUUGAUGCUGCUUAUGACUCUGGGGUGUAUACAAGAACUGCUAAAGAGCUCCAGUUAUUUGCCUAACCCAGUGAUCCCCAACCUGUAGCUCGUGAGCAACAUGUUGCUCUCCAACCCUUGGAUGUUGCUCUCAGUGGCCUCAAAGCAGGUGCUUUUGAAUUCCAGGCUUGGAGGCAAGUUUUAAUUGCAUGAAAACUAAGUAUAGUGCCAAGUAGAGCAUCCUGUAGGCUGCCAGUCCACAUAGGGGUUACCAAAUAGCCAAUCACAACCCUUAUUUGGCACCCCAAGGGACUUUUUCAUGCUUGUGUUGCUCCCCAACUCUUUUUACAUUUGAAUGUGGCUCACAGGUAAAAAAGGUUGGGGACCCCUGGCCUAACCUAUAGAGAUCAGGCUGUUGCUGAAGUAUAACAACAUUGGUUGUUGUGCAAUACACAGAUUUGGGUAUGACCGGUUAGACUUAAUUAGCAGUGCAUCAAAUCCUGGAUUUGGUUCAGAAUUCGACUGAAUCCAAGCCUUUUUUAGGCAGGAUGUGGCCGAAAUCAAGAGCCUGACUUAUCCAGAUGUGAACCAUAAAAAUAUAUGUGACAUAAGGUCACAUUAUUAAAGGGAUCAAAUGUUUUUUCCAGGAGACAACUUUAUAACCUCCGUUUGGUUUGAUAAUGUGCAUCUGCAAAUUAGGCUUUGGAUUCAGUUUGGGCUUUGGCCAACUCCUUCCUUUAAAAAGUUGGGGUUCGGUCGAAUAGGGACUGGGUGUAUGCCUAGAUGUAAUGGUUCUAGACUGAUUAGUGGCCUCCAACUAUUAGUACUCAUGUUCUACACGCAAAACAAAGGGAUUCUGCCAUGUGAAUUUUUUUUUUUCAAAACUCAUCCCACCCCUAAUUUGCAUAUACAAAUUAGGAUUCGGUUCGGUAUUCGGCUGAAUCUUUCGUGAAGGAUUCGGGGGUUCGAUGCAUCCCUACAAAACAUAUUACUCAGCAUCUGAGCAGCUGGGGCCCAAAAGAUUUUUUUUUAUCCCAGCUCUACCCCCGACACGCCAAACUAGAGUCUGCAGGAUUAAAUUCUGCCCUAUGUGUUUCAGUAUUGUUCCCAAUGUUAACUGUAUUGUGUAUGUAAAUUUCACUUUGUUAGUGUCCCUACUGCCAAAGGUUCCUGCGGUGUAAUGUGCUUUAUCUUAGACCUGCUGAAGGUUGUCCAUUUGCACUAAAUACUUUGAUACAGACGUGGAGAGACAUUCUUACCCCAGGAGGAACGGAUUCCAGCAAAGCAGAAAAUGUCAGAUCACCCACAAAUAAGCUGCUGUUUGUAGUGUGGUCCCCUUGUGACCAAGGAAAGCAAUGAAUGUAGUAUAGUUUGUGCCAACGCUAACUUUUUAUUCUCCCAAUGUCUAACACGCACACGGUUUGUUAGAGCUCAGCGCCAUCUUCAUUUUGCUCAAGUGUAUGGAUUUGCUUUUUGAUUCCCACGAGAGUCAAAUAUGCUGCUUUAUGAAUGUACUUUAUUAACCAAAAACAUGGUGAAUCAGCUUCACUAGUCAGUCUACCUCAUGCUUUUUAUAUAUAAAUAUAUAUUAUUGUGUGAAGAACGGCAAAUUUAUUGUAUUAAGGUUUGGACUGUAUUAAAGUUAUUACUGAAAA